AUGCCUUCCGCCUCCGCAUCAUCAAACACAGUCCCAGUCCGACUCAGGCAUCCCCGCGGGGUCACCACUAUCGAAGUUGACCCCGAGGCCCAAGGAAUAGACGACCUUAAGGUCUUGAUCUUCAGUGCAUCGGAGAUUCCUCCGAGCCAGCAAGAGAUCAAGUAUGGCUACCCUCCCAAGCCUCUUCCGGAAACGUCGGGCCGACUAUCCUCGAUCCCCCUGACACGCGGCGAGCAGCUGAUAGUCACCUCGAACCCCAACAAGCUGCGGAGUCCGUCGGCAUCCCCUGUCCGCCGCAGGCGGCCGAGUGUGAAGGAGCUCGAUGCCGAGCUGUCGGCACCGCGGAGCCCCCCGCCACGAGCUCGAGACUCCCCGUUACUGGAGAACGAGAUUCCGCUCGAGACAAAGGAUAGCGUCCAGGUCAAGGGCCACGAUGCAGGCUAUAUCCAGCUCAGGAUUGUGCCGGACGACAACUCGUGCUUGUUCUCCAGUGUCGCGGUUGUCUUUGAGGGAGGACUGGACAAAGCCCAGGAGCUGAGGAAGGGUAAGCUAGAGGCCGACCCGGAAAAGUACUCCGAUGUCAUGCUUGGCAUGCCCCGCGACGAGUACAUGAAGAAGAUCCUGGACAAGAACACCUGGGGUGGCGCAAUUGAACUCGCCAUCUUCUCGGACCACUACAAGACGGAAAUUGCAUCAUUCGACGUAGCAACCGGAAGAAGCGACAGGUUUGGCGAGGGCAGUCACGAGAACAGGUGCAUUCUCGUGUACUCGGGUAUCCACUAUGACGCUGUGACACUGAGUCCCCUCCCAGUAUCCCCUCCUGAAUUCCACACUACCGUCUACCCCGUGUCCAACCAAGCGAUUAUGGACGCGGCACAGGAGCUUGUCGCUGGUCUGAAAUCCAGGAAGUACUAUACCGACACGGCAAACUUCGAUCUGAAGUGCGGAGUUUGUGGCGUCGGCCUCAAAGGCGAGAAGGGGGCUAGGGAGCAUGCCAUGCAGACUGGACCGCGAGCCUUUGGUUCCUCGACAGAGAGUCGGAGAGGGAGGAGGUUCUUGUUCACCCCUCGAGUUUGGUUGCGGUCUUCUUGGGUUUUGUUCGAACCUCUGCAACUGACGCGGCGUGCACUCGCAGCCGCGCACCCGUGCACCUUGCGCCCUUGUGUGUGUGUGCCCGCGCUUACUGAUGCUUUCGUGUCGCACAUGGCUCCGCUGCGAGCUGCGCCCCCGUUUGAUCUGACACCUCGCGUCCCCCUUCUACACAGAGUUGUUGAUUGUCUUCCUUUUGCCCUCACCACCAUGACUACGUCGCCGGAGAACGUGAGCAGCAUCGCCGACCGCCUGGGCAGGCUGAAGCUGACCGUGGAGGCUAAUCUGAUCGAUAACGAAGACCUGAUCGGCGACGCAGGGGACCUUCCUGCGCCGACCGUCCAGCCAGUCAUCCCCGUCAACUCGAUCACCUCUGUCACUUUAGCCCAAAACACCCCUCUUCCUCGCUCGCCACCGAACGACGCCUCAGCUGCUCCACAGUCUGGCACAUCCGACUCCAACUCUUCCGACCCGUCCUUCUCUAGCAUCACCACGAGCGAGCUGAUGACGCUCGGCCAACCCGCCCAGCAAACGUCCGGGACGUCCCCGUCUGGCGACUCAGAGUCCCAGACACAGUCUUCCUUCUACCUGACCACGUCCGCGUCACCUUUCGUCCGCCGAUCCUCUCUGUCUCACCCCUCCCUCAUUUUACACCCGUCGACCUCGCAACCUGCCUCGUCGACGACACACAGCUCCCCUUCCAUGACUUCUCAGUCCACCUCUUCCCUCACACCAGCAUCCAAGCACUCCACCCCCUCCAACCUUUUACCUUUCGCAACCCCCUUUCAACCAGCCUCUCAGUCCUCGCCCAGUAGCACUUCCUCGCCUACCACCUUCCCUCUGGUGACGUUGGCGCCCACUGGCGAGCCUCAGAAGAUCAGCAUCAAAGCUCCAGCGGCGACCGUCUCGACGGCCGCCAUGUCGGACACUCCCCAGCAGCACUCUCAGCCUGCUUUGCAAGCCACGCCUCCCAAGGCUCAGGUCAGCGAGUCCUCUGCCCAGACUCCUGGUUGGGUCUGCCAAACCCCCGUCUGGGUUACCGCACCAGAGGGUGUGGGGAUGGCUACGCCCUCGCCCACUCUGAGCUCAUUCCAGGCCCCCUCGCCCGCCGACACUGCCACGUCCCCCCAGGCAGUCAUGUCGUUCAAUGUGCCUUCCCCCAUCAAGUCUGUGGGUGAUGGUUCCCCAUCACCAACUCGCACUGCGUUCAGCUUUGGCUCGUCGAUGCCUGCUGUGUUUCAGCCUGCUGCACCCGCCAUGGGGUUUAACAAGCCACCCCCCUCGAAGGCCGUGCCCAUCACCAAGCCCGCCCCUAAGGCGUCCGGCGCGCACAGCGAGUCUGUCAGCCUUCUGGGUGACAUUCCGGAGGCAGAGGAUCUGUUGACUGAGGACGACAGCAACGACCCUACCCUCGCCGAUCAGUUGGCCAAAGCGAAGGUCCUGAGCGCAGCGCCCAGCUCACAGGCCUCGAGCACGGGCCCCGCCGAUCUUCGCCCCACGCACACCCCUCUCGAUCGCAACCUCUACAGCAACUCUGAAACUAAGAUCGAGUGCAAGGAGACCCCCGUUCUGGCACCCAAGAGCAGCAAGUAUGGCAACAUCUCCUUGGCGGCUCCCAUGACCGGCUCCUCUGUGGGCCAGACUACUCUGGUCGGCGACAAGCCUCUUCAGCUCCCCUCCGAGUCUGAGGACCCCACGCGCUCGGCGUCAGCUGCCAGUCUCUCCAGCACCCCAGGCAAGGAGGUCAGCGUCAAGGCUCUCGCCGCGAUGUACGACCAGCAUGCGGGCAAGAGUGGUCGCUCCGCCGUCACUCCCGGCUUCUCCGACGACCAUGCUCAGACUGCCGAUGACGCCGAGACCGUCACCGGUAACGAGAGCGACACCAAGGACAACUCGAAUUCCGCCACACUCAAACGGUUCAGCGAGACGGGCUUCGGUACCGAACCGCUUGCCAUCGCUGCACCUGGCUUCCGUCCCCAGUCGUCGGUCUACGACGCUGACAAUGAGACUGACACGGAGGCGAGUGCACGUCACGGUAAGGACACCGACACCGAGACUGAAGCGCCCAACCCCAAGGUUCGCAAGCUGGCAAAGGACGACACUCUGUCUGCCGGCUCUGCCACGUUGGACGACAUCACCGAAAAGCCCUUCGUCCCCACUGUCACCAAGCUGGCGGCUACCCAGGCUAAGCCUGUUCCCACCAGUCUCACGCCCGCGAUCAAUGGCCUGGACGAAGGCAAAGCUGAGGUGGAGGAGCUUGAGCGCCUCUGGACGGACUUCAAGGAUGGAGUCGCUAUCUUCGGUGGUGGCAUCGACGAGGUGAUUGCUCGUCUUACUAAGGAGUUCAAGAAUGCAGUGCAGAUUGCUGCAGUGGCCCCUGCCACAUCCACCAUGGUGGCUGCGUCGGCGGGUCCAGCGGUAGACGUCAAGGCUCUCGAGAUCAAGCGUCAGGAGUUUGACGACCUCCGCCGCAAGUCCGAGGCACUGCGUGCUCGCGCUUUGAAGGCCGAAGGCGAGGCUCGCGAGGCUGCUGAGCGUGCUAGCGCUCUGGAGGUUGAGGUCGACGCUAGCAAGAAAAAGAGCGAGGCAGACAAGGAGCGCAUCGAGGAGCUGACUGGUCUGUACGACUCCUCUGAGAGUCUCUGCACUCUGCUCCGCAAGCGCAACCAGUCCGUCGGCACCGAGAGACUCACGGCUUCGUCGCUGUCUUCAUGGAAGGAGAAGGUCUUUGAUCCCGAAGAGCUUGCUCGCGGCUACGAUGGUGGCAGCAAGUGGGCGAGCAGGAUCCGCUCGGAAACCGUGCGCCUCUGUCGACUGAUGAACAACGACACCGAGGUGCCCAUCCUUAUGUACCUCUACUUCGACAUCGUAGGUUCAUUGGGUAGUACAGUAGCACUGACAUCCCAGCAAAAGACACUCACUGAGCUUCUCGAGGACGUCUCACAGUUUGAUGACUUCAUGGAGGGCUUCUCUUCUACUGAAGACCUCAUCACUGUCUCUGACGUUUCUGGCGCCGUCGGCGCAUCAGUUAAGAUUAGGGUUGACAUACAGGACAAGGGUUAUGUCAAGGAUAUCACAAGCUGGCCCAAGUCUGCCCAGGCCAAAGUCUACGCUGCUCGUUCGACGGGCGCGGACGAGGCCGACAAGGAUCCCUUCCUCCAGCUCGGCAACGACCACCUGUUCUAUGCCGACUGCUUUUUUCCGAGGACCUUCGACCAGUGGUCCAACGAGAUCCAGAAAACCAGCGGACAGCGCCAGGCUGGUGAGGGCGCUCCUCAGCAGCCACAGCCUGCUGCCACCCAGCAGCACCUUGGGCAGGGAGCGCCGCCGCCUCAGCAGCAGCUCCAGACGCAGCUUGCCCCCGAGAACACCCCCAACCCCGGCCCCCUCGACCCCAACCACACAGGAUUGACCGCCCGUCCCGGUGCAUUCGCUGGUCUGCAGCAGCCUCUCAACCCGACGACGCAGUACGGCACUCCUCCGCCCCAGGCGAGCCACACUCCGCGCGCGCCUAGCCAGAGUCCCGUGGCUCCCAUGCAGCCCCAGCAGCAGCAGCCCCCUCCUCCUCAAGCCCAGGCUGGCGCUGCCUGGGGUCAGAACCGUAGUGCCACGUACAGCUACCAAGCGCCACCUCAAGGCCCGCCCCAGGGCCCUCCCCAGGUUCAACAGCAGGCACCACAUGCCGGGGACUGGGGCCAGCGCAGUUCUGUGGGUGAUGGUUCCCCAUCACCAACUCGCACUGCGUUCAGCUUUGGCUCGUCGAUGCCUGCUGUGUUUCAGCCUGCUGCACCCGCCAUGGGGUUUAACAAGCCACCCCCCUCGAAGGCCGUGCCCAUCACCAAGCCCGCCCCUAAGGCGUCCGGCGCGCACAGCGAGUCUGUCAGCCUUCUGGGUGACAUUCCGGAGGCAGAGGAUCUGUUGACUGAGGACGACAGCAACGACCCUACCCUCGCCGAUCAGUUGGCCAAAGCGAAGGUCCUGAUGUUCCAGGCUCAGCCUCAGCCGCAGCAGCAACCCCAGCAGCCUCAGCAGACUCCUCCGCAGCAGCCCGCUCAGUCUCAGCAGCCUCCCUGGAACCAGUACGGCGCCGCCCCUCCUGCUCAGCCUCAACAGCCUCAGAAGCAGCCUUCCCCCGUUGUUGAGCAGCGUCAGCCUCAAGCUCGUCGCUACAACGAGGUGGUGAUCUCCCACGCCCGCGGAUACGCUGGCUCGAUCGGCGGGAGCCCUCCGUCCACCGACGAGGACAACCCUCUGCUGAAGGACGUGCCUCAGACGUCUCGCACCUUCGUCUCGCGUCCUCCCCAGUUCGCCCGCGCCGAGGACCCCAUCCAGCGCCCUGGUAGCUCCAACUCGCUGAUCUCCAUGGUCAGUUCUGCUGUGCACGGUCGUGGGAUGGGCCCUCCGCCCACUUUUCGUGUCCGUGAUGUCUCUCAGUCACACACUCAGCCUCACUCUCAGCCUCCCCAGGCUCCUCAUGCACCCCAGCCCGCCCCCGUUCAGGCCCCUCCUCCCUGGGCCCAGCACGGUGGUGUUGCUCACAAGGUCGACAACAAUAACUCUGACUGGCGCUUGUAA